UUACGUUUAAUAGAAGGUUGAGGUCCCCGUAGAUUUCCAAUCUGGCGUGAAGUUAUUCGGUCUUUAUGUCAUUACGGGGUUUUUUCACAUUUCAAACUGAUACUCAAAUUUAGAACAAAUGUGCUGUAGGAUUAGUGGAUUGUGAUAUCAGUUUUCAUCAAAUAGCAUGUUAAGUUAUAUUAGAAGCUGACGUUUUUGUGCUUUUCAUGCGUUCCUAUUAACUUUUUUCAAGUAGAAUCAAAAUGGUGAAUUGUUCAUUCAACAAGCGUCAUUUGACACUGAUUUGGGCAAUUAUGGAAUGCCUGUUCUUUACCGGGAUUGUUUUUGGAUGGUCAUGGCUUUCUGUUACACUUCGUCGAGACCGCUACUUUUUAGAUCUAUGUAAUAUAACACUAGAAGAUGAGGUGCCAGAAAUUAUACCAAACACUGUUUUAAAUACAGAUAUGCUUACUGAACUAGACACACCAGUGAUAAGAACAAAUAUAAACAAAAACAAGCCUCGCCGGAAGUGCCGCCCGAGAAAAAAGCAUCGGACCACAACACCACCACCGGAACCGAUGUAUGAGUUAUAUGAUCCAUUUCCUCUCAAUGACUCGAGAUAUUUCUGUGAUGAACAGGAAGAAAGGCUGGAGAUGGGGAAUGCUAUCGUUAUGAUAAUUCGACAUGGACUACUCUUACCACUUGGAAUAUUUCUCGACGCUUACGGUACAACCCGAACUCGUCUUAUUUCGGUCUUGACGUUUGCUAUUGGCACAUUGGUCAUGACAUUUUCAAACGCAUCAUUCCCAUGGUUGGUGAUUCCGGCUUUUAGUUUAAUUUCCCUUGCUGGACUGGUAAUCCUUCUAACCAACAUACAAGUGUCCAAUCUGUUUGGAUCCCGACGGAAUACCGUCAUGGGUUCUCUCAUCGGCGCCUACCAUUCCAGUGCUAUAAUCCUGCUGGCUAUGAAGGAAACACACUCGAGUCAUAUGGAGACGCAAACAAGCUUCAUGUUUCUGACGAUAGGGGUAGUUCCUAUACUUGUUUCGACAAUAGCUUUCCUGCCAAAGUCAAGGAUUCCGUGGCCACUUCCGGCUAGUUACGGAAAACGUGGCGAAGUAUGGAAAGAGUCGUCUGGAUCAAGGAGAGCGGCAAACGGACAAGCUCCUAGCAAGUCGACUUGUGGAUUUGCCACGUUCUGGGCUGUGGCCUGCUCAAGUAUCUACAUAUGGUCCGUCAUUUGGUUCGCCAUUUACAAUCUCCGCUCAUUCACAUACGACGGAAACGUCAGACUGAUGCUGAUUAAAUAUGGUGUCGCCAGAGAAAACAGUAAGCAUGCAAGAGUCAAUAUGACAAAGCUUUAA